AUGGAUGAGAUGAAUAAUGUGAUACGGUCCCUGGAGCAAGAGUAUCGGUUGAUAUUGCUGCUGAAUCAUAGGAACAAGAAUCAACACAGAGCGGCUAGUUGGUAUGGAUCGUUCAAUGAGAUGAAAAGAAAUUGCGGACAAAUAAUAAAGCUUCUUAGCUCGAGAAGAUUACAAGCCAAACGCCUUAGAGAUGUCGAGUGGGUCAAGUUACACAGGCUUUUACAGAGGGCGCUUUUUAGACAGUUGAAGAAAUGGUAUUGGCAGUUCAAUGGCGUAAUUGCGCUUGGGCAAUUUGUAACGUUAGGUUGUACACUAGUGACAUUGCUGGCGAAUGUGAGGGCUCUGUAUAUGAAAUUAUGGGAGGGGAAUAACAGUGAGUUUAUAAGGUGUGGAUGCUCAACGAAGAACUUUCCAAAGGCAAAAGACAAACAGGCUAUGAGCAGUGUUGAAGAGCUCGGAAAUAUUAUUGAUGAAGAUAUUGGCGACACCAUUAGAGAAAACGAGCUAGUGAUAACGCCAAUGCCAGAUUCUGUGCCAGAGAACGGUAAGAAGAAAAAGAAGAGAAAAAAGAAGAACAAAUCAGCCAUUGAUGGCAUAUUCGGUUAA